ACUCAAAGCCCUCUGGAUUUCUUCCAAACUUUUCCUUCUUUGAAUUUCCACGCUCCGAAUCCGAUUCCGAUUCCAAUGUCGACACCGGAAUCUCAACCCCCCGCCGGCUCCGAGCCAUCCAACGAAGACUCUGCCUCCGUCAGCAAAAAAGCCGCUAAAAAAGAAGCCGCCAAGCAAGAGAAGUUGCGCCGCCGCCAGGAGCAGGAAGCCCUAGCGGCCGCGGCUCGUUCCCUCUCCGUCGACGAGCAGGACCCUCUCGCUGCGAACUACGGCGACGUCCCCCUGAUCGAGCUCCAAUCGAAGACGGCUGAGGACGUCAGUCACUGGACCGAGGUCGGAAGCCUAACCAAUGCGUUGGAUAACCGGUCCGUGCUGAUACGUGGCCGGGCGCAGACGAUUCGUGCCGUCGGGAAGAAUAUGGCGUUUGUUGUCGUCAGAGAAAGGGGGUUUACGGUGCAGUGCGUGGCGACGGUGCAGCCUGACACCGUGAGCCGCCAGAUGGUGAAGUACAUCGCUGGGUUGAGCAGAGAGUCGAUUAUCGAUAUUGAAGGCAUCGUGUCUGUUCCUAGUGUCGAGAUUAAAGGCACCACGCAGCAGGUGGAGGUUCAAGUGAGGAAGUUGUAUUGUGUGAGUAAGGCUGCUGUUUUACCUAUUAACAUUGAGGAUGCUGCUCGGAGUGAUGCCGAAAUCGAAAAGGCUUUGCAGGCCGGAGAAACACUCGUUCGAGUUAAUCAGGAUACCCGCUUGAAUAACCGAGUUCUUGAUUUGCGAACACCUGCGAAUCAGGGGAUAUUCCGCAUUCAGAGUCAAGUUGGCAAUAUCUUUAGGCAGUUCUUGAUAUCCGAAGGCUUUUUUGAAAUCCACUCGCCAAAGCUGAUUGCUGGUUCAAGUGAAGGUGGAGCUGCUGUUUUUAGACUCAACUACAAGGGUCAAGAUGCCUGCCUUGCCCAGUCACCUCAGCUUCACAAGCAGAUGGCUAUAUGUGGUGACUUCGGCCGUAUUUUUGAGAUUGGUCCUGUUUUUAGAGCUGAGGACUCCUUUACCCAUAGGCAUUUGUGUGAGUUCACUGGCCUUGAUGUUGAGAUGGAGAUCAAGAGGCACUACUUUGAGGUCAUGGAUGUUGUUGGUCGCUUGUUUGUUGCAAUGUUCGACUCCUUGAACAAGAACUGUGCGAAAGAGCUUGAAGCUGUAGCGAGGCAGUAUCCAUUCCAACCGCUAAAGUAUUUGCCAGAGACUCUAUGUUUAACAUUUGAAGAAGGUGUUCAAAUGCUUAAGGAAUCUGGGGUUGAAGUGGAUCCUUAUGGGGACUUAAACACCGAGAAUGAGAGAAAAUUGGGCCUACUAGUUCUGGAGAAGUAUGGCACCGAGUUCUACAUACUGCACCGCUAUCCUUUGGCUGUUAGGCCAUUCUACACAAUGCCUUGCCACGACAAUCCUGCUUACAGUAAUUCGUUUGACGUUUUUAUUCGAGGCGAGGAGAUAAUUUCUGGAGCACAGCGUGUCCAUGUUCCUGAUUUUUUGACUGAGCGUGCACAGGCGUGUGGAAUUGAUGUAAAGACAAUACAAACAUAUAUUGACGCUUUCAGAUACGGUGCACCUCCCCACGGUGGAUUUGGAGUAGGGCUGGAGCGUGUCGUCAUGCUUUUUUGUGGUUUGAACAACAUCCGCAAAACUUCUCUGUUUCCUCGUGAUCCACUUAGGCUCGCCCCUUAGAGGCGCAACUCUUUACUAAUAUUUCCGUAGAAUAUGUCGUUGAUCAGUUUUACAGAAUCAUCUAUUCUUACAACUGAUGGCAUAUGCAUGCAUGCCAUAUAGACCAACUGUAUUUUUGUUAUUCGCGCGAGUCGUUUUUCUUUGGCGUUCGUAUGAUUCAGAGUUGAAUGAAUGGAUUAUGUUUUACA